GAAAAACAAAAAAUAUUAACAUUUGAAAAAUUUUGCGUUUUUCUUUUGUUUUUGUUUUUCGAUUUUUUUCAUUUCGUAAAUCUUAAAUAUGUAACACUUUUUAAUUUGUAGAACUUUAAAUAUAAUUUGCCAAACAAACAAUUCGUUUUUUCUUGUACGCCACGCCUAAAAAUACCAACAAUAAAAAAAAAAAACAAACAAACAAAUUUAUUAAACAAUUUUCAAUAUCGUAGAAAUUGCAUCGCUUUAAAUGUUGAACAAACUUGCCACUUAUGUUGUUGUUACACUCGAAAAAAUUACCAGCUUCUUUUUGAUUUUAAUUUUUAGUAGGAAUUUACGAGAAAUGUCCAGCGACAAUGAUGAUGAUGAUGAUGACGCGAUUUUUUGUUGUUUUUUCAAUGGAUGGGUGUAAAAUGAAUCUUAGACACGUCCAGUGCUCCUCAAAGUAUUUGUAAACAAUAAUGAUAAAUGAUAUAUAAAGAAAGAAAAAAAGAAAAUCUAUCGAUAAACUAGUUAUUUAUGAUAUAUAAUGUGCAUGUGUAUGUGUAUGGUUAAAUUGUAGAAUUUUUACAUAAUCCUCGUACGAAGAUAAUACCUAGAGCGUAUGUAUGUAUGGCUGAGUGUGCGAUUGUGUAUGUGCGUGUGUGUGUGUGUGUGAGUUGAACGGGAACCAAUUAAAGCGAAACACUUUAAAAAUUAAUCAAUCAAUUAGAAGAACGCCUAAGCAAAAUACAACAAAACAAACAAACAAACAAAGAAGAAAUACUAGAAAAUUCUAUUAAAAGCAAAACCGAAACAAUAAUGAUAAUAAUAAUAUUAAUAAUUGUAUGUACUAUCGAAAAUAUUUAAAGCCGAGCACAACUUUAUCCCCUCAAUCCUUCCUUUGCCCCACUCCUCCGCCUCUUACCCUCACCCUCACACACACACACACACUCUCGCAUUCCACACUCACAACCAUUUUUGAUAUUGCUAAAACAAAAAACAAGAAGAAAAUAUUAUAACAAUUAUUUAAGCGAUUAUCCCACCAUGUGAUUUUUAUGAAAUCUAUAAUUUCAAUUGCGUAGAACAAAGAGAAUUGUUUUUGUUUUUUGGGAAACAGCAAAGAAAUUAAUGUUUUUGUUGUUAUUAGCGAUCAAACACUCGUAUCUUAACACAAAAUUGAACUCUUUAAGCAAAAACUAAAAAAACACAAAGAACAAACAUUCUAAAAUGUCGUAAAAUUAAUAAACAAAUAAAAAUCUCGUUCCAAGUUGCAGUUUUGCAGCCAUUUUGUUUGUGCCCAGAAAAGUAUGCUAUGGCUGAGAAGUUGAUGUGAAACUGGAACUUGGAACUGGGCUCAGAUAGUAGAUAUGGGAAUACUCUAUGUUGUAAAUCACGUAGCUACACUAAGUAAAAGUUUAACAAUUUCCAUAAACUAUAAAACAAACAAAAAACACAACAACAACAAAUACAAAGCAAAGGCAAACAAGAAAUAUGAUAUAUAUAUAUAUACAUAAUUAUACAUAUAUGUGUGUAUGUAAAAACAAACAACAAAUUUAAACUUUAGUAGCGCUUAACAAAUUCUAGCAAUUUAACAAAUUUUAAUUAAUCAAAAUAUGAAAUAUAUAUAUUAAAAACAAAUUCAAAACAAAAACGAAAAAAAAACAAAACAAAACAAAUGCAACAAACUGCAAUUUCAUUUUUCUCUGUGUAAAAGUUGAGUAAACAAAACAAAAAAAAAUAAAUUUUUUAAAUGUGAACUUGGCGUUUUUUCUUUGGAUUGCUGGCAGAAGCUUGCAGCGGUGGGGUUUGUGUCUUGGCAAAAGCUUUCAGAGUGCGCACGAACCAACAAAAGCGCCACACAGCGUCAGCCAAUGGCAACUCAGCUUGUAUGCGCGUUCUCACUCUUUCGCUUAGCGAUCCUAGCGUAGCUGGCUUUAAGCCAAUGGGCAGUCAGCAAAGCUGCGCUCGGCUUAAAGUUCGGCUUGGCGUUGUCAACGGCAGCCCAAGCUGUGUAUUCGUUCAACGGAGCUUGACGCGAACGGACGUGUUAUUGCUGAGUGUUGUCGCUGUUUGGACUUUUGUCGUUCGCGUUCGCUUUUUUGUGCAGUGCGUUUUCUAACACUGCGCUUGCAGAUAAUGCUAGUUCUAUGAUUGCUGAAACUCUGACAGCACGUGCCCUGUAACUGAAGACAGUCUACAGGGAAUCGAAGAGAGAGAGAGAGAGAGUUUUGUCGAGGAAAUGGAUCAGAGUCAAGAGGCAGCGGAUGUGGAUGUCAGUCCCAGCAGCGAGGCGGGAGAAUCUUCCGCUCAGCCCACACAGAUCACAUCCAUCGAUGGAUUCUUCAAUCGCAAGCGUGGAAGACCGCCUAAGAAUCGCUUCGUAGAAGUCUACAAAAGUGCUCAACACUCACCCCAAGCCAUAUUUACCAGCUUUAAGCUGGAGAAAAAUGAUCAGACUAAUGUUUCCGGUUUGUCAAUGUCCACGGAAAAUGCCGAGCAUCCUCUCACUACACUCAGAUUGGGAGCAGUCGCCACUCAAACGGUCACACAAACCCACCCACUGAUCGCAACAGAUCUCACACCUAGUCGGACCAGGAAAAGAGGUCGUGUUUGGACCGUGGAAUCACAAAGAGACUUACCAAACAAUGAGAAGUCGAAACACUCCACAAAAAUGGAAUCAAAUGAGAGACGAUCACCCGCUCAAUCUAUGUUCACUACACCUGAUCUAGAGAGUCCUUUAAGUAGCAAAUGCUUGGAGAAAAUUUCAGUUGUGCGUGCAGCGGGCACUUUCUAUCCGGAGAACGCCAGCACAAUGGAAACCCUAGAGAGCACAAGGAGUCGCUAUAGUCCACCAACAAAUCGGGAUAAUAGCAACCUGGAGCAACCAGAAGAUUUGAGUAUGCGUGGCAGCCAAGCCAAGGAAUCAAGUUCAGUACGUGGUGAGCAGGAGACGCAAGGAUUGAAGCUGCUGCUCGAUCUGUAUCAACGUCAAUGGCUGCUGCCCAGUUUCUUGGCGGCCGCAAGUCAACCGGCGCCUCUGGACAUGCGGUUGCUGCUGGAGAAUGCGGUGCAGCAGAAGAUGAUGUUGCUCAAUGCGGCUGCAGCAGGCGCUGUGGCAGCUGCCGCCGCAGCGGCAACAGCUUCUACCCCAGUCGAGGAGUCACUAUCAGGUAUUGAAGCUAUUACUGCGACUCCCAUGGCAAGUGCAACGCAAAUGACUGGACGUAACAAGCGAGCGAGGGAACAGGAUAUUCCAACGGGAUAUCUGAAGUUUCGCUUCAACGAAGAUUGCAACUUUGAGCGUUGUGGCUAUCGCAAUCAUCAGUCGCACUUCCAUUGCAAUCGACGCGACUGCCACUACAGCUUCUGUGACAAGACGCGAUUCGUGCAACACACGGCGCGUCACGAGCGCAUGGACACCUUGAUGGGCGAUGACUUUCAACAGUUUCGCGCCAACAUGCGCUGUGGUGUCAGCGAUUGUUGUUACGCCUCCCACACGACGACUACGUCCUCAAUGACGCCUCUCAACUCCCGCCCAGAUGACAUGCUGGCUGCUCCAAAGAAAUCAUCGCAUUUCCACUGCCGCAAAUGCGAUUACGUCUGUACCGAUUCCAAUAAGGUGGUCGCCCAUCGUCGACUGCACAUGCGUCUGGAGUAUGUGCGCUCGGCGGGCUUUCGUAAGAUCGCCAGCAACGAGUCCUGCGCCACGCCAUCCUGCUCCUAUGCGCUGCGCCACACACAUUAUCAUUGCACCACCUGUGACUGCAGCGUGUUGUCCCGUGCUCAGCUCGCCUCGCAUAGGCACAGGAUCAGUCCAAGCACCAAACAGAUUGCGGAGAGUUUGCCUGCUAUCAAUGUGGAACACGAUUUGCGGGAAUAUCCUUAAUUUUAGUUCGUUAAUGUAAUAAAAAGCCAUAUCAACACAUAACCGAUAUUCGUUUAUAACUGCGGGUUUAUGGACAGGGUUGCAAAUUGCAAUCGGUGCAUUGUUUAAGGAAAUUGCGGCAGCAGGUCACACUUACUAAUCGACAAGUGUUGAAAUCGAUUUUUGCAAUAUUUCGAUAAAUC